AUGACGCCGCAUGUUUCGCCUCCGCUCGCCGUAUCCCAUUCCGGUGCAUCAACCUCGCAUACCACCAGCGACGGCAAGCGACCAGUUCGACGUAAGGAGUUCCAGUUCAAAUACGGACAGAAACACCAUUCGUAUGACAACGAAAAGGCUCCCUACCCCUUAUCAUACGACAAACAUGUGCUCGAACUCGAGUCCCUCGAUAAUCGACUAUGCCAGUAUUUGCGCAAUUCAGUCUCAUUCAUGAACUUCAAGACUGCUCCGGCGCGAACGUUGGAUUUAGGUUGCGGAACGGGCACAUGGGUAAUCGACGCUGCAAAGGAAUGGCCUGAGUGCGAGCUGGUUGGGUUUGAUUUGGUAGAUAUUCAAAUACCCUUGAAGAUACUGGACCCGGCGAUGGCAAAACGAAUAGAGUGGAGGCAUGGCAAUUUUUUGACGACUAAACUUCCUUUCGAUGACGAUGACUUCGACCACGUUCAUAUUCAGUCGAUAUCAAAAGGUGUCCCGGAAAACAAGUGGAACAAUAUUUUUGAAGAGGUUUACAGAGUGCUACGACCAGGCGGCUCUGUUGAAGUGGUGGAAGAUGAUAUCAUAUUUCCUUCCCUUCCGCGCUGGUUCACCAACGCUCUUCGAGCUCGUCCUCUCCGAGCUCAAUCCAUCAUAUUCCCAGAUGGUUCGCAACGUGGAUACCCGGCCUCAUCGCAGGCAUCGUCUAAUAUACCCCCUCACGAGCACGCUUUGCUCGAGUCUUUGUAUAAGUCUGUAUUUGAGCAUCGUUUUGUCAAUCUGAAGCCCUCUUCCGUCCUUCCCAGUUAUCUCACGACCUACUUUAGACAAGUCACACUGGGUCCAGUUGUUAAGUUUCCGAUGCCUCCCUUACCGCCUAUACAGCCUUUGCCACCUCAACUAACGAAGUCGUACAUUGUGGAACCAAGUCCUGAUAUCGCUGACAACCGGUCAUCGACAACUGUUGCGCCGUCCACAUACUCGAGCCGACCUAUGUCACUUUCCUUCUCUUCUUCAUAUUCGACUGUUGCAGACUCUAUCAUAUCGAAGACGACGAUCAGCUCUCGACCCAGAACCUCCUCAGAACCUCUCUCUUAUCACGGCGAGAAUUCGUAUUCAUCGUUCGACAUCUUGCAACUUCCUGCUCCAGAGGGCAUCGAUGUUACAAGCCUGCCAAUUCCACGCUUCAUAUUGGAUAGCUCGCUGACUGAGAGCGAAAUAAGCGCCCUUCCCCCUUCCUUAUUCCCCUUGGAGCAACUCGCGUCGCUGAGCGAGCGCUCGCUAGCAAUGCACCUCUACCGCUCUUUUCAGUCGGUGUUGGCAUGCCAGGAGGCUAUGUGGGAGGAACUAAAGGAUAGGAUUCGGAACAGAAGACGCGAGCUGCUCCCUUUUGGAUGGGAGGAUGAUGAGGAGCUGGAAGAGCUGCAGAGUCGGAAGAAAUUUGAACGGUUGAUUGAACGAUAUCGUUCUGACAUGUACGCCAGAGUAUCCCUUUGGAGCUCCUUGGAUUCCUUUGGUUGGCCCUUGCCUGCCAGAGAACCUCUAUCCAAAGCUGAAUUAAUUGAAGAAGACAGAUUGCGUGAAAGUAUGAUUGAAGCCAGGAAGUCGGCGACUGUUGAAGAAAUGCAAAUUCCAUGUCGAGCUGUGAGGGUAGUGAUGGGGUACAAGCUAUGA